AUGCCAUCGCUGGCCCCGUAUCCUGAAGCCCCACAGCCUCCACAAAAGGUUGCAGCUAUAUGGAGUUCCAGCGAUGAUGAGAUACUGCUUCAAGCUCGAGCCUCUGGUCUCAACUGGCAGCCAAUCGCCAAUCGAUACUUUCCAAACAAAAGCGCAAAUGCCUGUCGCAAACGACACGAACGCCUUGUCGAGCGCCGUCACGGCGACGACUGGGACACGCACAAGCUCGAGCUGCUCGCUGCGGAGUACAUGGCGUGUAGAAAGGAGAUGUGGGAGGUGUUAGCAGCUCGGGUUGGAGAGCGAUGGCUGGUUGUGGAAGCCAAGUGUAUGGAAAAAGGCUUCAAAACGCUGCAAACAACAGCGCGAUUGGCACAGAGGAAAGCCUCGGCAGCCUACCAACCCAAAGAAGAUCGUUGGGUUAUACCAGAUCACCACAGCGACUCUGGCAUUGGUUUUGGGUCUGACGCGGAGCUAGAUGUGGCACCAGGUACAUCUUCUAGAGAAGCUGUCUCGUGGCACGCUCGUCGCGCAGGGAGGGAGCAGACGCAGUUGCAGUCACAUCAGGAACACGUACGAUCGCGCAGCUUGCCACAACCACUGCCUCUCUACCAGCCCCCGCCACCCAUUCCACGCACUUUCGAGGGCAGAACAACCACCAAGUUACCUCGCGAACCCUCCCCGCUCCCAACCCCAACAGUCAGUGCACCUCGGCAACGCCGCUCUCUCGAUCAGAACGGACGCGGAGGUAUCAGUAUUCAAUCAGUGCUCUCAAGCUAG